AUGUCAUUCACUAACGGAUUGGCCAUAGUUGGGGGAUUAACUGUUGUUUUUCACCUGCUGAAACUGGCUUGGAGGAGUUGGUGUGGAUUAAGAGAGUUUAUUUUAUCAAAGUUUUGGCGAGUGAAUUUAAGGACAUAUGGGCAAUGGGCAGUUGUCACUGGUGCCACAUCUGGCAUUGGUAAAGCUUAUGCCAUAGAGCUGGCACGAAAAGGCCUGGAUGUUGUUUUGGUAAGCAGAUCUUAUGACAAGCUUCAAAUGGUGGCCAAAGAGAUAGAGGAUCAGUAUGGACGAAGGACUCGCACCAUCCAAGUGGACUUCAUGGAUGGCCACAGUAUUUACCAGGUCAUAGCCGAGGGACUAAGGGGCCUGGAGAUUGGAAUUCUGGUUAAUAAUGUGGGAAUGACCUAUUCUGAACAUUUUGCCUAUUUCCUGGAAAUACCAGAUGCUGAACAGAAAAUCACUCAGGUUAUCAACUGUAACGUGCUGUCUGUCCCUCAGAUUACAAGAGUGGUUCUUCCAGGCAUGGUUGAAAGAGGGAAAGGGCUGAUCAUCAAUGUUUCCUCUCUAGUGGGAACACGUCCACAGCCUUUGUUGUCCCUCUAUUGUGCCACCAAGAUUUUUGUGACAUAUUUCUCUCAGUGUCUGUCUGCUGAGUACAAGUCAAAGGGAAUUACUGUUCAGUGUGUGGCUCCCUUCAUGGUGUCCACCAACAUGACAUUCAACAUGGCGGUCAACUGCUUUGUGAAGAGUGCUUCAGAGUACGUCCAUGAGGCCUUGAACACUGUUGGUCACUCCAUCUACACCAGUGGCUGUCUGUCCCACGCACUGCAGGACCUUGCUCUCACAAUACUCCUGCCGGACUGGCUUCGUAUGUCAUCAUUCUUUAUCACGAAGCUACGAAGCCUUGAAAAAAAGAGUAUACAUAGAAGAAGAAUGUGCAAGGAAAAGGAAUGGUUCAGUCAAAAAGAGGAGUAA